AUGACGUCCACGUCCAUCACCACAGUCGGUGGAUUGGUGGUUGUCACUCAAGUCAUCCCUCAGGAUGAAAGGGCAAUCCCACUCCAGGGAGCUCCUGCCACCGCCACCACACAGGCCCCGCCCCCGGCCACGCCCACUGUCUCAUCCUACCCCACCAAGAUGGACGACAUGACCGCCACCUUCCUGCGGGGGGAGCCACAGGUCCUGGGGGUCGUUCAGAUCUUCAUCGGCGUGCUGUGUGUUCUCUUCAGUGCGACCGCCGCCUUCUCUCCGAUCCUGUUGGUCCACGCCCCGUUCUGCCUCGCCGUCACUCUCAUCGUGUCCGGCGCCCUGGCGGUGGCUGCAGCCAGACGGCCUUCAGUCCACACGGUGUGUUCGUGUCUAGUCUGGAACGUGAUCAGCGCCGUGUUGGGCGUGGCCGGCUUGGCUUACAUCUCCUUCCUGUUUAUGGCUCGCCGCCCCUCCUCCCGGCUUUGUGAGACGUGCACAUCAGGGGUCUGGAUUCUGAAUAUGUCCGUGGACGGGUUGCUCGGCCUCUUCAUGGUCCUGCUCGUCCUGCACGUCUGUGUCGCCAUCACCGUCUGUGUCUUCUCCGGGAGAGCGCUCGGACGCCGCUUCAAAAACUACUCACCCAUCACAGUGAUGGUCGACGGCGGCAGCUCUCCUCUGCUCACAGGAGCUGCACGGUGUGACAGUGACGUCGCCCUGCUGGACAAUGAGGGCGAGAAACCUCUGUCUUCACCUCCAGACUCACCCUGAGGAGAGAGAGGAGCGGGGGUAACAUGAGUCAGAGCGCUGACGAUACUACACUCUGACUCCGCCUCCUGUUAACACUUGUAACCACCUUUCCAACUCUCUGUUUCUUUGUUGUUGUUGUUUGUUUUUAUGCUGUGACACGAGUUGCCAACCGUCCUGUAUUAACAUUACUUCUCUUUAAUCACUAACCGACACUUUACUGAUCCAUCAUCAGAUCAACCGCUCAUCAAUCAGUGACACCUGUUGUCCAAUCACAGCUCCUCCUCAUCACAUAUACCUGCAGAAGAGGCAGA